CGGCACUCCCGGGCCGAUGUUCCCAAAUCACCUUCACCUCCAGGGGCUUGGAAUCCCCAAGCCACAAGGCCAGGGAAGGGCUGGGAGAUGUCACUGCUGCUCAGAUGGGGAAACUGAGGCCCGGGGCCUGCCGGAGACUUGCCAGAAGGACGAGGCUGCUGGGAUUCUCAUUCGGGGACUCCAGGACCUGGACUACACCCCUUUCUGGUGUCACCUGCCCGACCCUCGCCAUGUGGACCUGGAGAGCGUCCCCUCCCCGCCUGGCCCUGCUGCUCUUGCUGCUGCUGCUGGGGGGCACCCACGGCCUCUUCCCUGAAGAGCCGCCGCCGCUCAGCGUGGCUCCCAGGGACUAUCUGAACCACUAUCCUGUGUUCGUGGGCAGCGGACCUGGACGCCUGGCCCCCGCAGAGGGCGCUGACGACCUCAACAUCCAGCGGGUCCUGCGGGUCAACAGGACGUUGUUCAUUGGGGACAGGGACUACCUGUACCGCGUGGAGCUGGAGCCCCCCACGUCCUCGGACCUGCGGUACCAGCGGAAGCUGACUUGGCGCUCCAACCCCAGUGACAUAGACGUGUGUCGCAUGAAAGGCAAGCAGGAGGGCGAGUGUCGAAACUUCGUAAAGGUGCUGCUGCUUCGGGACGAGUCCACGCUCUUCGUGUGCGGCUCCAACGCCUUCAACCCGGUGUGCGCCAACUACAGCAUGGACACACUGCAGCCUCUUGGGGACAACAUCAGUGGCAUGGCCCGCUGUCCAUAUGACCCCAAACAUGCCAAUGUCGCCCUCUUCUCUGACGGAAUGCUCUUCACAGCCACAGUUACUGACUUCCUAGCCAUCGACGCCGUCAUCUACCGCAGCCUGGGGGACCGGCCCACCCUGCGCACCGUGAAACACGACUCCAAGUGGUUCAAAGAGCCCUACUUCGUCCACGCGGUGGAGUGGGGCAGCCAUGUCUACUUCUUCUUCCGGGAGAUUGCGAUGGAGUUUAACUACCUGGAGAAGGUGGUGGUGUCGCGCGUGGCCCGCGUGUGCAAGAACGACGUGGGUGGCUCCCCGCGCGUGCUGGAGAAGCAGUGGACGUCCUUCCUGAAGGCGCGGCUCAACUGCUCUGUGCCCGGGGACUCCCACUUCUACUUUAACGUGCUGCAGGCUGUCACUGGCGUGGUCAGCCUGGAGGGCCGGCCUGUGGUCCUUGCCGUCUUCUCCACCCCCAGCAACAGCAUCCCUGGCUCAGCCGUCUGUGCCUUUGACAUGACACAAGUGGCUGCCGUGUUUGAAGGCCGCUUCCGUGAGCAGAAGUCCUCUGAUUCCAUCUGGACGCCGGUGCCAGAGGAUCAGGUGCCGCGGCCCCGGCCCGGGUGCUGUGCGUCUCCCGGCAUGCAGUAUAAUGCCUCCAGCGCCUUGCCCGAUGAGAUCCUCAGCUUCAUUAAGACCCACCCCCUGAUGGACGAGGCGGUGCCCUCGCUGGGCCACGUGCCCUGGAUCGUGCGGACCCUGAUGCGGUAUCAGUUGACCCGAGUGGCUGUGGAUGUGGGCGCUGGCCCCUGGGGCAACCAGACAGUCGUCUUCCUGGGUUCCGAGGCGGGCACCGUGCUCAAGUUCCUCGUCCAGCCCAAUGCCAGCAUCUCGGGGACUGCCAGUCCCAGUGUCUUCCUGGAGGAGUUUGAGACCUACCGCCCAGACAGGUGUGGACGCCCCGGUGGAGGUGGUGAGACGGGGCAGCGGCUGCUGAGCCUGGAGCUGGAUGCGGCCUCGGGUGGCCUGCUGGCGGCCUUCCCCCGCUGCGUGGUCCGUGUGCCCGUGGCCCGCUGCCAGCAGUACUCGGGGUGUAUGAAGAAGUGUAUUGGCAGCCAGGACCCCUACUGCGGGUGGGCCCCGGACGGCUCCUGCAUCUUCCUCAGCCCUGGCACCAGAGUCAGCUUUGAGCAGGACGUGUCCGGGGCCAGCACCUCAGGCCUAGGGGACUGCACAGGGCUCCUGCGGGCCAGCCUCUCCGAGGAGCGUGCGGGGCUGGUGUCAGUGAACUUGCUGGUGACAUCGUCGGUGGCGGCCUUCGUGGUGGGCGCCGUGGUGUCCGGCUUCAGCGUGGGCUGGUUCGUGGGCCUCCGGGAGCGGCGUGAGCUGGCCCGCCGCAAGGACAAGGAGGCCAUCCUGGCCCACGGGGCCGGGGCCCGCAGGACACUGAGACAGUUUGGGGCGUGGCGGCCCCAGCAGCCUGGGCGUCGGCUGAGCCAACGCUGGAGCUUCCAGAAGGCCAGGGGCUUCCAAGAUGCCGGUUAGGACUCUGAACCCCACCUCUAUAGAGGGCAGGGGGACAAUGCCGGGGUUUCAGGCAGGGAGACAGAUGGGGAGAGCCUGUCCAGAAGUGACAUUGGCAGCAGCUGUCUAAAGGGCUCGGGGGUCUGGGGGGCGGUGAAGGCGGGUGGGCCCCCCUGUAAAUACGGCCCCAGGGUGGUCGGAGAU